AUGAGGGGCCUCUGUGGAGCUGCUGAGCACCUCGUCAGGACGGGGUGGAGGUUCUCGCAGUUGGGGAUCCGCAAGGCCCUUGACCCACUGCAGGCUGCCUGGGAUGCCUUCUCCCAGCCUGUCCCAGCCAGCUGUGGCCAGCUGCUGACCCAGCUCCUCCUCUGCGCUUGCCUGGCUGUUGCUGCCGCAGAAUUGGUUUGUCAUUGGCUGGUCUCGUCGUGGCUUUAUCCUUCAGGACUCUCGGGCAUCAUAGCCACUGUGUGUGGACUCCUGGUCUUCCUGGGCCUGGGCCUGGUACCCCCGGUCCGCUGCCUGUUCGCGCUCAGUGUGCCCACCCUGGGCACGGAACAGGGACGCCAGCUGCUCCUGUCCUACAGUACUGCCACCCUGGCUGUUGCCGUGGUGCCAAACGUCUUGGCCAACAUGGGUGCAGCUGGACAGGUGCUUAGGUGCGUCACCGAGGGCUCCCUGGACAGUCUGCUCAACACCACUCACCAGCUGCGCAAUGCGUCCACAGCACUGGGCCCCACCAGCCGAUCGAGCGGCCGGGGCCUGACAUUUGAGAGCCAGGGAAAUGGCUCUGCCUUCCGGCUUCACAUGCUCAGGGUCACUCAGGGGGUCCUGGAGGACUUCUCUGCAUUGGAGUCCCUGGCCCGGGCAGCAGCACUGGGGACUCAGCGGGUGGUCACCGGGAUGUUCAUGCUGGGCCUCCUGGUGGAAUCUGCCUGGUACCUCCACCGCUACCUGACUGACCUGCGGUUUGACAACGUCUAUGAGACACCACAGCUGACCCGGCAACUGGCCCAGGCCCAGGCCACCCACCUAGUGGCUCCUCCACCCCCGUGGCUGCUCGGAAUAGCCCGGCCCAAGCUGUCCCGGGAGGAGCUGCUGCGCUGUCUCCUGAGGCUGGGGCUUCUCUCCCUGCUCCUGGUGGUCACAGCUGUGGCAGUGGCCACAGACCACAUGGCCUUCCUGCUGGCACAGGCGGCAGUGGAGUGGGCUCAGAAGUUGCCAGUUGUGCCCGUCACACUUAUGGUUAAGUAUGAUGCGGCCUACAGCGUCCUGGACUUCGUCCCCUUCCUCCUCAACCGGCCCCCGGCCCAGAGCCCCUUCCUCUCCGCCCGCCACUGCUUCCAGUGGGACCUGCGCUUCAGCUCCGCGGGCUGCCGGCUGCUGCCCGCCCAGCGCCCCCAGGACGCCGCCGCGCUGGCCGCCGCGAGCCUGCAGCUGCUGGCCGGCUGCACGGUGCUGCUGGAGGCCUACGCCCGGCGCCUGCGGCACGCCAUCGCCGCCGCCUUCUUCCCUGCGCAGGAGGCCAGGAGAACCCGGCACCUGCGCGCCCGGCUCCAGAGGAGGUACGACCGGCACCAGGGCCAGCGGCCGCCCCCCGGGGCCUCCUCCCUCUCGCGACCUCACGGACCGCAAGUGGCAGAGGAGCAGGAGGCCGCGGGUAGCGCGGACUUGAGCCGCUACCUGGCCCUCGGCUGCCUCCCUGGGUGA